GUAAAAGUAAAGUAGACCUAAUUUCGUAGCCCACGCCGCUCCAGCAAAUGUCUGUCUUUGGCUCCAGUGUCAAGCGGCAGCUUCGUUUUGAUAAAAAUAGACCUAGAGCCGUGUGUGUCCUUGGUCUUACAUAUGGCACAAAAACAGGUUGGCAGUGUGUGUACACAGCAGGGCUACACAGUCGUCGCCAUCUCCGGUUCAGGUUAGGCGUUAUCACACCGUGCAAACUAUCGUUAUAAAACAUACCUCGCGAAAGAAAUUUUAUCAGUCAUCAGCUGUUAGAAUAGGAAUGUUAUGUGAAAGCUGAAGCUAAGACGACAACACAACCUUCAUUGUUGCUGCUUCUUAGGAUUAGAUCCUAGAUCUAAGUUGUUGUUAUCGAUCCAGAUCCUAGAUCUAAGUAAGUUAGGCCUAUAGGUACUCGACGCCCACAGUACGCUGGUGACUUGGCUUUUCCUUUCAGUUCAAAGUCUGCUUCAACCCAGGAAAAAGUGAGAAAUCAUGGCAUCCCAGAGCGUAUGGGGCGACGUGGCCUUGAAAUACAAGAUUGACCCCGAAACUGAAGCAACGUCCAGAAAAUUCAUUGAGCAUGGAAGCCCACAUAUCCACAAAGGAACCCUUGAGCAAUGUCGACAGGGCAUCGUGCAGCUUGGCCUCAUUAGCGCACUUGCACCUGGGUCUUUCAAGGGUUCUGUAAAGGACUACAUUGUGCCGUCCGAGCAUGUCUCUGAUGGGAUUCCUGUGUCGGUCUUCACGCCGACUUCAGCUCCCCCCAACCCUGUGAUUUAUCUGUACCUGCACGGAGGCGGUCUGGCUAUUGGAUGCAGGAAGGCAUACGAGCAUGUGGUGCAGUAUAUUGCCGAAACCAGCGGGGCUAUUGUUCUGAACGUCGACUACCGCCUUCUUCCUAACGAAGAGGAUCGCUUUGCACCCUUCAACGACUCGGUGACUGUUGCAAAAUGGGUGCUGGAAAAUAAAGAGCUUUUGGGCGGUACCAUUAAGAGUAAAGUGGGGAUUGGAGGUGAUAGUGCUGGAGGCCAGCUGGCGUCUUGUGUGACCAACGAGAUGCAAGGCUUCGACUUUCAGAUCUUAGUUUAUCCCGUGGGUGGAGUGGACUGCUCCGUUGGGUCGAUGCAAGAGUUUAGAGACAUCCCGGCUUUCUCUGGCAAGGAUAUGGAGUGGCUAUUUGGUUUCUCCAUUCCGUUCAUUCCGGACGCUGAGACAAAUCCAAGAGUAAACCCUCUGGCUAGAACUAGAUCAAACUUAGAGUUAUCUCCCUCGACUCUUGUAAUCACAGCAGAGUUAGACCCUUUGCGGGACUCGGGGAUAAUGUUUGCCGAGAAGCUGAAAAAGGCUGGCGUCCAUUGUGAGCAUGUCCCGUUUAAGGGGGUACCACAUGGCUUUAUGUUCGAAAUGAAGAGCUACCUCACCUGCUCUAAGGCUGGUUACAAGAUCACUACUAACUUCAUGAAAUCUUAUCAAGCAGCAAAGACAAGCCCUCUGUAAGGGAGAUUCUGCUGCCCC